AGAAGUGAAAAACCAAAGUAAUCUGACAGUAUAAAAAUCAUUGCACCAGACAAAGACUACACAAAGAAAGGACAAACAGACUGAUCCACUUCAUUUGUACAAUUUUCAGUUUCUGACAUCAUGGAAGCUCCAAACAUCAGAAGGAUUGUCCUGCUGGGAAAAACAGGAGAUGGAAAAAGCAGCCUGAUCAACACUAUACUCGGAGAAGAAGUGUUCAAAGUAAACCAUUCUGCAAACUCAGAAACCAAAACAUGUCAGUCCGCAACCAGAGAAGUCAAUGGAAGUAAAGUCCAUAUGACUGAUAGUCCAGGUUUCUUUGACACAGAUCCAUACGAUGAAAAUGUAGAACCAGUGCUGAAGUGUAUGAUAGAGUGUGCUCCUGGGCCUCAUGCUUUUCUCAUUGUGCUUAAAGUGGGAAAAUACACAAAGCAGGAGAAGGCUAUCAUAUCUGUCAUACUCAAGUACUUCUCCGAUGAAGCUCUGAAAUUUGCCACAGUUGUCUUCACUCAUGGUGACCAGUUGGAAGAGAAAAAGACAAUUGGAGACUUUGUAAGUGAGAAUCCAGAUCUGAGGAAGCUCGUGGAGAAGUGUGGCGGCCGAUGUCAUGUCUUUGACAAUAAAUACUGGAACAACCAACAACAGGAUGAAUACAGAACCAACCGCUUCCAGAUCCGGGAGCUACUGAAAACAAUUGACAAAACAGUCGAGGAAAACAAGGGGCGGUACUACACCAAUGAGAUGCUGCAGUCUGUGGAAGAAGACAUACAGCAAGAGGAAGAAACAAUCAGACUGCUACCAGGAAACAGGUCUCCAGAAGAAAUUAGAGAACAGGCUAAACACAAUGUCUUGAAGAAGUACCUGCCCAGAGUGGCAGGUACUGUCACAGGAAUCCUGCUGGGAGCUCUUCUUGGUUCAUUGGGUGCAAUCAUUGCAAUGCCUGGCAUAGCUGGAGGUGUAAAUCUGGCUGUGUGUAUAGGUAUUACUGCUGCUAUAGGAGGAGCAGUAGGAGGAUGUGAAGGCUAUGAGGCAGGUGCCCAGGCAGACACAGCAAAAGAAGCAGUAAAGUUAACGUGGAAGAAAGCAAAGGCUUUCCUUAAUGAAAUAAAAGACCUCUUAAAGAGUAAAAAGAGAAAGCAUAUUUAUUGAUCAGGUCCAGUCAGUUUCUUUUUUUGUUCGUCCACAACUUUGACAUUAAACUUGUUCACAUUUGUGUAUUAUUUAGUGGUAAAAUAUGUUAGACUUUCCUGUAUUCACUCAGCACUGUCCUUGUCUUAGUGCAGUUAUAUAUUUCUGAUUCAUAACAUAGUCACUGCA